AUUGCGUAACGUCCAAAGUGGUGCUCCUUGGAGUGUUAAAGUGGUGGGUCAUCAUUUACAGCAAUUUUUUAUAAAACUGGAUUUUGAGGUUUGUGGUAAUGUGCAGUGGUGAUAUGGAAGCAUUUGGAUUAUACAUGAGAGCUUAGAAUAAGUGUUCCUGACACAAGUGGCUUAUCUGAAACUGAAACGCUAAAAACUCAGCUACUGCACAAACCAGUGAAUCACAACAUACUCGUGAAAACCUUGAAAUGUGUGUGGAAAGGACAGAAAAAUGGUUCCACUAUAUAGUGCUAGUACUUUUAGUAGAACAGAGUGUAAGUGGCAUACCACUAGUGAUCAAAGCGGGAUCAGGUAUGCAACAGAAUCAUCAACAGCACCAGAACGAGAAGGGAUACAAUGGAGCAGUAGUCAAGGGUAUUGCAAACUAUGAAGGAGAUCAGGGUUUCAACCACGAUCUGCACAAGAUGUACCAAGCCAUGUCAAACUCAGGACGAUAUGGAGAACAUCGAGGAAUUGUGCAGAACUCCUUAGACCAAAAUCAAUUCAACAGGGAUACCGUUCAACAAAACGGUGGAGGCCUCAUCACAGACUUAGAAAAUAAGCGUGUCCAUAAGAAGGGGCACCACAACAGUGGCUUCCGGAAUACGUAUCACAAGGACGAAACUGGAAGUAACAGCAGCUUUUUCGAUGAUGGAGGAGACGAAGGAGAUCAAUAUGUCAGGAAGGCGCAACACGGUCAAUACGGUGACGUAUUGCAAGCCAAUCAACGCGGAUCGACUCUGAACUCCAAAAACUAUGCUAACAAUGCGGCAGAACAGAGCAGUUACGACAAAGGACAACAUGGGAGCCAGGAACAAGGAAAGCAAGGAAACUUUGGAAGGAAUCAAUACUAUGAUGAUAAGGAGCAUGCGAAUGCCGCUAAUGCUGCUAAGGCAUAUGGAGAAGCUGGCAGGUACGACCAAGAACAGUACGCAGUGAAACCAUACCCUAUAUACCCAGUACUACCAGCCCCUCAUCCAUUGCCGCAUCCCCCAGUUAUGGUGCACCAUCCCCUUCCAGUGCAAGAUGCACCAGGACCAAUUGCUCCACAAAUCGCACCGUUGCCACCUCCGCCACCAUUACCGCAUCAAGGAAGCAGAAAAAUCACUAUUUAUGAAGACCCCAGGUAUGUGCAACAAGCACCACACAGACAGUAUGACAACUACGGCGACCAAGGAGAUUAUGUGGAACUAGACGUAAGACCACCUUUGCCACCUCCUGCAGCUGGACGACUACGAUACGACCAACGGGGCCCACCACCGCCACAUUACGACGAUUAUUAUUAAAUAAUUAGCAUUUCAGGAAUUUCUGAUUUACUACAUGUUAAUUGAAAAUGUUUGUGAAAGAAUAGGGAUUGAGAAAGCAGGUUCCCAAGGAUGUAAAUAUUAAUGAUAACGUCUGUUGAAAGGCCACUGUAGUAAUACGAUCUGACCAUAAUAUCUUUCCGCAAUUUUAGUAUGGGUAUUUUUUCUUUCGAACAUAAUACUUACCAAAAUUAUAAGACAUAUUUAUUUAGUACGAACCAGCGCUGAUUCUAUAAAAAUCUAAAGUCACUAUCAUGUUCUAGUAAUGAUUAUUUUUUAAUAGCUUCCACGCAUGUAUUAUAUUUUUGCAUGUGUCAUGAGAUAUAAACAAAUAUAUAAUGGAUAGUUUUGUAACAGCAUCGAAGCAAAGCAUUCAUCACAAUGGCCUAUUCAAAUGCAGUGGAACAUAGUAAUUUAUUUUUGUUUUUAGCUUGAACUUUUGUAUUAUGAUAAUUUAAGUUAUUGAAUAAAC